AUGCUUUCAAAGAUUCAUAAAUUAAGUAGGAGUUCAAGACGGAGUAAAGAAAAAGUGCUGUGCGUAAUAGUCAUGAUGAAUUUGUCUGAAGUUUUAGUGUAUGUGUGGGAGUACACAGCUUCCUCUCUAUUGGAUAUAUUCACAACCAUCUUCAAUCAUCAAGCCCUAAUCCUGUCCGUAAACUCCAGCUACGUGGAUCCCUUACUGCAAUUUGAAACUCAGUUGAAGAUAAUAGAGUCAUCCUUUAAAAUAGUAUUUGCUAUGCCAACUCUUAAAGAAGUGAAAGAAAUUGGGAAUACCGAAACUGAGGAGCAGGACCUGGAGGAAUUAUACCACACUAUUUUAAACAUAUAUGAGGACACUCUUCUGAUCUUAGUGUCUAAAGACCUCUACAAACUGCAAAUCUUAAAGGAAAUGGCCGUGUGGAUGAAUCAAGAUAAAUCAUACCUGCAGCAGAGAGUCUUGGCGAUCAUCUGCAGGGUGCUAAACUUUGCAUCCAAGAAAAUGAAGGGAUUUGGAAGUGUGGACGCUCCAUGUCUUGGGGAACUGGCAGCAGAACUAGCUCUUCUAUGUUCCCACAAUGAUGUGUCCAUCACACAGCAAGCAUCCUUUGGAAUAUAUCACCUCCUCUGCAUUGCAAGCUGUAACAAUGGGAAUACUGCAGGAAGUAGAGUUACAAAGUGUGAUAAGUCUGGAAAUCACAAUUGGCUGCCGACUUCAGUCUUGGAUAUAGACUACCUCCCUGACAUCUUGCGAGGAGACAAAACUAAAAUCGCUCGGAGUAUAGGACAAACCCUAACGCCAACCUUGCUGACUGAUUUUGUGUGGAUUCUCUUUAUGAGACUCAUUGCACCUGAUCCUGUAAUGGCAAAGGAGGCGGCCUCCUUACUAAGACUGACUCUAGAAUCCCACGCCAAAAAGGUUACCAUGGUAUCUAAGAUUGUGCAUACUAUUUAUCAGCAACUGUCUGGGAAUUCUUCUCACAUUAUGAGGCACACUAUGUUGCGGGUCAUCACUUUAUUGACGCGUACUUCGCCGAAGAAGGUCAUCUUUCAGCUUAUGGACUACCCAGUCCCAGCAGACAACACUUUGAUACUGAUGUGGCAUGCAGCUGGGAACGAGUCCAGCGUGGCCCCCUACGUGCUGAAGACAAUCUUGUUGAUACUGAAAGGAAAGCCUGGGGAAAUACAGGACAUCAGCUUGGAAAGAAGACGUUCCUCUCUGGAUUCCAAUAAUAUGAUGCCUGUGGCGGCGUCCCAGGCCCUGUGCACAUUGUUGCCCGUUGGCUCUUACAAGAAAGCAGUAGCCCAGUUCUUUCCUCAGCUCUUGAUGGCCCUCAUGUUUCAACUCUGCUUUAGCAGCAACAUACAACUGGAUUCGGACGACCAUUUUUUGCCACAGUCAAGUCAUGACUUUUCUCUCCUCCUGGGCCCUAGCUAUGCCCGGGACGCCCUAAGAGUGCUACUGAAUUGCUCCGGACUGCAGCAGGUGGAUCUUUCUCUGAAGAGAAAGAAUUUCUGGAAACAGGUCUCCCAGGUUCUGUUUCACCUCCACGGGAUCUACCUCGUUGCCAAAACUCUCGCUGAACAUAACUUUCCGCAAUUUCCAGAGACCCUAUGUUAUCUCUACAAGCUCUCAGUAGAAGGUCCUAGAAGAACAGAGGAGGGUGUGAUCACAAUAAUUUUCCUUACUGAGCUUCUAAACAGAUUCUUCAGGGACCCAUUCCCAGAAGAAUUUCUGGUCCUCUUCAGGAACUGGGUCAAUGACUCCAAUCCCGCAGUUAGCAAACUGAGCCUGCAGAAAAUAGCCUCCAUGGCACCAGUGAUCAACCAGAUAGAAAGUGUCUGCAGCUUAGUGUUAUCCAUCCUGGAUGCCUUCUUUUCCAAAGACAAUACUGUUGUAAUUCGGGCCUUAUUUACCCUUCGGAGACUUUUAAACAAGCUGGACAAGGUGAUCUACUCGUCUUUGUGUACCAGAAUUGCUACCAGCUACUGCCCUCUGAUGGAUCAUAAUGAUGCAGGCAUUCGGAGCAUGGCCAUCCGGCACUUUGGUGAACUGCUCGAAGACAUGAGCCAGUACACAUGGAUGUUGAAUGCCGUGGUUCUUGAAUCCCUGGUGCCUUUGAUCCUGUUUCUGGAGGAUAUAGAGACAAGAGUCGUGAUGGCAUGUAAACAUACACUGACAAUCUGUGCCUUCCAAUUAAAAUGGUCAAAAUUUCCACGGUCCAUUGAGCAUUACAGAUUUGAGCUGGUGGUGCUCAACGUCUGCAACAAUAUCUUUAUUUCUCAUGGGAGCUACAUUACAGAUUUGCUAUCUGAUAGCUUAGGAUUCCUGAGGAGCUCCCGAGCAUACCUGAGGAGAGCAGCCGUUAUUUUAAUAGGAUACUUGGCAAUAUCGGGUAGACAUUUACUGCUCAGAGAUGAUAUUGAAGUCAUUAUGAAGGCUGUCGAACGAGUGCUUGUGGAUGAAGACCCUCUGGUCAGGGAUUUGGCAAAAAUAAGCUGUGAACUUUUCAAGGAAAUAGCCCGUAAAAUGACCUCCUCCGUUAUUAAACAGAGCUUACGAAGAUUGUUUAACUUCAUCUACAUCAAAAAAGUGAAGCCUCUUUAUAAUUAUUACACACCUUCAAGUUUCAAUGAGGUUAAAGAAACAUGUAUCAUUGACGACAAUGUGGAAGAAUGAGACAUUCGCCAGUGCCUUGGAGAACAAUUCACAAGAGUGGUGGUUUUCCCUUUCCCUCUUAAUAACCGGAGUCUAUUUGUAGAUGCUUUUCUGAAGGAAAAAAGGCCUAGGAGCCAUUUUACUGUUCCUUCUUAAUUGUCUUCCUAUAUAGAAAUAUGUUGCCUCUCUAGAUCUGACAGUGAUCAAAAGUCUUAAUUCAUCAAACUA